AUGGAAAAUUUAGCUAAAACUGAAACAAAAAUUCAGUAAACAAAGCAAAAUGAUCAAUAGAGAGCUCCUAGGCAUAGAGAGAGAUCUAGAUCAAGAGAUAGAUUAACUAAGUCAAAUUCAAUAGAAAAAUAAUAUCACAGACAUAAAUCACACAAGAAAGAUAAGAAAUCAAAGCACAAAAAGAAGAAAAAUCACAGAAGAAGAUCUUACUCAAGAUCAUCUUCUUCGAGCUAUGAGAGACUUUAAAAGGGCUAUGAUAAGCAAGAAUAAAGAGACUUUGAGAAAAGAUUGGAUGAUUUAAGAUAAAAAUCAAAGUAGGAGAAGUCUUAGAAAGAGGUUUAGGAGAUUAAGUAGAGCAAUAACAUUUAUGUGCUUAACAAAGGACUAUUAGGCAGAAUGAUUAAAGAUAAUGUUCGCAUUAAUGAGCAAAUGGAUGAGACUGAUGUCAUAAAAGCAACUGAGAAACUGAAAUAGAUUAAUCCAUUUACUGAUGCAAGAGCAAAGCUCAUGAGCGAGCACAUUAAUUCAAUGAAAAACUACUAAAAGUAAAGUUAAGGCAACCACAAAGAUUAGGAGUAAUAAGAGUGA